AUGUAUCGCCAUACUUCAUUCCAAUUCAUAACGAAGAAUACUCAAAUGGCGUCCGAAUACGAUGAUUAUUAUAUUUACAAUUUUUUUACAACCUAUUAUUCGAAGUUUCCCAUUGAAUUGAAAAUCAGAAUCCUACUGCAAUUAUCCAUUGCAAAGAUAAUUUUAUUCAAGUCAUUUAUUAACGACAAUGAAACUAAAGGUCUUCAAAUUAAACUGAUUACGACACAGAAGAUACAUGAUUUCAGAUGUGACUUUUGUGGAAAUAAUCCCAAAGGUAAUAGUAUUUCAGAUAUUAUAAAGUUGGUCAAGAAUACCGAUAACAUUAUCCCAAUAGUAGUACAUUUUGAAGAACGUACCUAUCAAGAGAGACCAAAAAACUUUUCUUUUAAUCACCUUAAAUAUGGGUUGCAAAAUAAUGCCGAUUUUGAAUUGAUGUACCAUCACUUAUAUUACUUUAAAUGUAUGAAUCUUAGAAAAUUCCCUUAUAAGGAUAAGGUGAGCAGUAUAAGUAUAUCAAGGCUAAAAGGUGAUGAGACUGUAAUGGAAUUAGAUCUUUCAGCAUUUACUGAAUUGAAGAAAUUUCGAUUAAUAUCGAAUAAUAAUAUUUUGAAAUUGAAAUUAUCACCCAAAUUAUUUGAGAAUGUAACUGAUCUAGCAAUUGACAAUAUUUUUGAUAGCGAAUUUUAUUCUAAAUUCAUAUAUUUAAGAAAUUUUGAAAUCUAUAUACAAAAAGGAAGAGAUAUUGAAAUUAAACUCAUACCAAGAGGAGUUAUUACGUUAAAGAUUGUUGCUGAAUGUGGGAAUGUGGCGAAACACACCAGCGGUGGACAGGUUAUUGUAAACUCUAAAGAAGAUUGGCCACCAAACUUAAGACACCUAACACUUGGUGAUCUGUAUAACACCGAUGGCGUGUUUAAUAAUGCGAUAUGUUACCUGCCUCCAUAUUUAACAACGUUGAUAAUUCUUGGUUAUCCCAUCAAUGAAAUUUUAUCUCAAAUACCUAUCACAAUAACAGAUUUAGAUUUGACUUUCGCAUUCACUUUGGCAUCUCCCGCUUCUGGUGUAAAAUCUGAAUUGCAUUUUCCACCAUGUCUUCAAAAUUUGACAUUAUUUGGAUUAGUCUUAGAGACAAUAGACGAGGUAUACAAUGUUCCAAGGGGAGUAACAAGUUUCAGAUUGGUUGCUUGUGAGUUUUCCACGUCAUCGAUUGAUUUUAAUUUCGAUAAUUGUAAAUCAAGUUUAGAGUGGCUUCUUUUUGACCAUUGUUUGGAGUUCUUUGCUUUUGCUAAUGUAGAUUAUAGUGAUUUUUCCAAAUUAAAUGAAAUUAAAUUCUCUAACUGUGGGGUAUCCAGUCUAACCAAUUUUAUACCUCCGUCAUGCUUAAGUUCUUUGAAAAUAUCUAAUAAUCCUAUUACAUUCAUUGACGAGAGUUGUCCAUUAUUCAACAACGAAAAAGGUUAUCCUCUAUUAAAGUCGAUAUGGAUCGAACAUUGUCAAAUUUCUUUUAUUUCCCCUAACAUUGAAUUGCCAUUGAAUUUAAAUGAUUUGAUUAUUGCAGAUGAUACUACUAAAGUCUUUUAUUUUAACUCAUCGAUUGCUAGGCAUGUAUCUUUAAAGCAUUUAUAUUUAUCAAAGUUAUGUGGUUUUCAAUUCUGUGACGAUGUUGAGGUGUCCAGUAAAGAAUCAAACUUCUGGUGGAUGGAACUCAAUGUGACAGACGACUUCUUUCCAACACAUGAUGCACUCAAUAUAUUUUACGAUAAAUUAGAAUUAUACUUUGGGAGAACAUUGAGAUAUCGUGAUCAGAAUCCAACAAGUGGAAUUCAGUGUUAUAGCUUCAAAAAUAAUAGCGGUAACUGA